GUGCAUGUGUUAUGUGAGUAAGAAGAAUUUUUUUCUUUAGCGGGGUCAAUUAUCUUUAGUUGAAAAAUCGAAUUAUUAUACAAAAUAUGAGUGACACGGUGGCUCAGUUGUUAGCUCUGUUGCCUCACAGCAAGAAGGUCGCUGGUUUGAGUCCCGACUGGGUCAGUUGGCAUUUCUGUGUGGAGUUUGCAUGUUCUCCCUGUGUUGGCGUGGGUUUCCUUCGGGUGCUCCGGUUUCCCUCAUAGUCCAAAGACAUGCGCCAUAGGUGAAUUGGGUAAACGAAAUUGGCCAUAGUGGAUGUGUGUGAAUGAGUGUGUAUGGAUGUUUCCCAGGACUGGGUUGCGGCUAGAGGGCAUCCACUGUGUAAAACAUAUGCUGGAUAAGUUGGCGGUUGAUUCCACUGUGGUGACCCCUGAUGAAUAUAGGCACCAAGCCAAAGGAAAAUGAAUGAAUUAAUAAACAACAUAUAUUUAUGCAACAAUAAAAUUGAUUUACUGUAUACAGAACUGUUGAAUUUAUGCACAGUAUUUAAGGCAAAUAACUAUAAUUAAAUUACCUAAAAAUUCCUUGCUUUACUUUUCCAGCAGAAAAUGACAGUAACUUGUAACUUUGCAACUAAUUAAACCCAACACUGGUGGUGUGUUAUCCAAUGUUUGACCGGUAGGUGGCGCUGGAAGCCAUAAUUUCAUUUCAAAUCGGAGCCAGAAUUAUUUUUUUAUCCAUCUUUAAGUUGUUAUCAUUACAUUUACUUUACAUUCCUUCACUGUUAUGCAAAAUACAUGUGAGUCAUCUUAACAAUACUGCAUUUCUCUUCUCUCUAGUUGUGUUUUAGAUCCCCCUGUUGUUUUGGCAUGCGUUACACCGUACCUUUAAUACCUUGAAUAUCACAAACGCUCGCAGGAUUUUGGGCCAACUAUGAUGUAGUAGAUACUAGAUAGUCAUCCAAUUAGGUUAUGAGACACAAGCAGAGUUGUACCUUAAGAAGAGCGGGUUGUGUGUUUUACUCUAGUCUCUCUCCUGGCCCGUCAGAAACUCCCUCAACUCCUCCGAGCGAGAUAAACAUCAGUUACAGCACAUCUUAAAAAGAGCUGUUUGACGUCGGACCAUGCGGGAGGGAUUUUUAAAGCUCCUUUGUGUUUUCAUGUUGUCGCUUUGUCCUUUUAAAGCAACGGCUGUUUAUCAGGUUCCAGUGAGGCUGCAGCGCACAGUGUCCGAGCACAACACUGGAGCAAACACUGCGCUCAACAGGAACUGGUGCCAGUUCACAGUACAGAAGACCGUUUCAUGCCAGACACAAAAUGGAACAGAGACUGUUGUGCAGCGACUGUUUCAGAGCUGCCGAUGGCCUGGACCAUGUACAAACCUCAUCAGCUACAGAACUCUUGUGAGACCUGUGUACAGAGUGACCUACAGGAAAAUCACUUCUCUGGAAUGGCGAUGCUGUCCUGGAUUUCAUGGGGAAGACUGCAGAGAGGAGUGCUUGAACUGCACUGGUUAUGCUGACAUUAAAGAGCGCUUGAGUGUCAUUGAAGCUCAGAUAAUGUUACUGAGAGAUGCAGAGGCACCUCCUAUCCCUCUGACCAGCCAAUCACCUGAGAGAACAGCUGAUAAUGAGGUGGACAGGACACACCCCUCACCAGUAGCACCCAAUGCCAUUGGCCGCAUAGGACUACCAGGACCUAUUGGGCCCCCAGGUCCCCCUGGACCUCCUGGACUGACAGGUUUUACUGGACAGCCUGGUUCUAUUGGACCUAGAGGAGCUCAAGGUCUGCAGGGCCCUCCAGGAGAGAGAGGCCUCCCGGGGCCACCGGGGCCAGCAGCAUCUCCACCCUUCUCCAUCAGAGGAGAUGUGUUUACUCUAAUGGCCAAACAACAAGAUAAAUUUGAGGACAGUGACUUUGCUGCUUAUCGUGAUCUGCAGACUUUUCUUGGUUCUCCUGGUCCCUCCGGCCCUCCCGGUCCAGCAGGGCCUGCUGGACCACCUGGACAGCCAGGUGCCCCAGGGGAAAAUGCUGUCUUAAGCUUUUCAGGCUCACCGGGUGACAGGGGACCCAAAGGAGAUCCGGGACAAAGAGGACCGUCUGGAAAAGCCGGAAAACAAGGACAGCCCGGUGUUCCGGGUCCUAAAGGUGAGCCAGGAGAGGCUCCAGCAGAGGUGCAGCAGUUGAGAGAAGCACUAAAGAUCCUGGCGGAGAGACUUCUCAUUCUGGAACACAUGAUCGGCAUUCAUGAUACUCUCUCGGAUUCUGGUUCUGGAAUAGAUCUCCUGGCGGACUUCAUGCAAACAGAAAGUGCUAAAAGCGUUGGCUCUGCCAGAUCCGCCUCUCCUCUUACCUCGGACAGAAAGUAGCCAGAGUCUGUUGGGUUUAACAUGCGCAUGUGAAUCUCCUGUCUGCCGCAUUGAAGGACAGAUCUGUCAACGUAUUGGCUGAUGAGUAUAACUAUGCCUACGUAUUAUCUGAUGAGUAUAAUAAUAAGAGUGGCACUGAUCUUUUCUCUUUAUUUGCUUUAUGAAUAUUGUGUUUAAUAGUAAUAUUUAGUUUUUUGUUUACAACCACUGUAUAUAUACCAGCAUUUUGUCACCGUUUAUUUUACUUCCCAUUUUACUUCCAUAAUGUGAUUUUAAAGGGAUAUUUCAGAUGACUAAUCCACUAGAGGGUGUUGUCAACAUUUUUCUAAUCUAAAAUACAUUACUUGGAGUAUGUUUUGUUGUACGUUUCAGAUACACGUGCUUCUUUUACAUGUCUAGCGAACCACUGACCCAAGCAAUAGGGUUUUCAAAAGCAAACAAAAGAAAAAGUGCACUGUGACCACAUAGUUUUACCUUCAUUUUACAUUACUUUUAUCUUUUUAGUGGAACUGUACUUGACACAUCAAAUUUAACACCAUACAAAAUGAGCUACUGAGCACACUGACCACUCCAGAAAAGUUGUCCAUAUGGAGACACAUGGAUAAAAAAAUGCAUUUGAUUACAAAUCAUAGACACUAUAAGUAGUUUUGUGGCAUUUAUUUGGUGUUGUGCAAAGGACUGCAUGAAAAUAAUCCUUAUUUGUCGAAAAAACGUCCUUGUGAGUAUAAUUAGUGUGAAAAGGAACAAAAGUUGUUGCCGUCAUAUUGCCUCAUAGCGUUCAUUUUAUUAAAAAACUGCAGUCUUAAAGUGUGUUUAUGUGGUUUCACAAAAAUGCAGUCUGGAGUACGUAUUUCCAAUGAAGCUGUGUUGUAUAUUUUAACAACUUUAUUUUUAUAAAUUGGAAAAAUUGGAUGUUUGUAACCAGAAUGGAGCCUGAAACAAUGUGAGCUUGCUAAAAUAAUGGUUAAAACUAGGUGUUUACCCAUUGGUUAGAAAUAUCCAAUAGCCUGUGUGGCCUUAGUGAUGUCAUCAGGAAAAAAGACAGCUGUUUUAGAGUAAGAACUACUUAGAUUAAAGAUUAUAAAAACCCAUUUACAGAGAUAAUGAUCACUAUAAUCUUAACCACGGUUAUGUUCAGUUUAUUUUAAGUGUCCUGCAGUUCUCCUUAAAGCACAGUUGAUUCUGAUUGGCUGUCCUUGUUUUCCA